AUGAGUACGUUAUGUUGGAACUGUCGUGGCUUGGGCAAUCCACAGACAGUUCGAGAGGUGGUGGACAUGGUCUCCAGUAAGAAGCCGGAUUUUGUAUUUUUGAUUGAGACAAUGGUGAAGAGUGAUCGUGCGAAAAGAUUACGUGUAAAACUAGGAUUUGAAGGGGUAUUUUAUGUGGAUCCUGAACGACAACAUGGUGGUUUGGCAUUGUUAUGGAGGUAUAAUAGCACUGCAAGGUUGAUUAGCUAUUCUAAAAACCAUGUGGAUGUGGAGGUCACAGUAGAAAGUCACCCCCCGUGGCGUAUGACGUGUUAUUAUGGAUUUCCACAAAGAUCUAGGAGGCGGGAGUCGUGGGAUGUAUUGAAGAGGUUAUCAACGCAAUCCACACUACCAUGGGUUGUCAUUGGUGACUUUAAUGAUCUUUUAUUCCAGUCUGAGAAGCGUGGAAAUAAUCCACACCCGGAAAAUUUGCUACGAGGUUUUGGGGAGACUCUAGAUUUAUGUGGUGUGUUACAGUUGCCUAUGGAGGGAUACCCAUACACUUGGGAAAGGGGUGAGGGUACGGAGGACUGGGUUGAGGAAAAGCUUGAUACAGCAGUAGCAACUAUGGAGUGGCGUGAAUUGUUGGUAGAAGCCAAGACGGUUAAUAUACUCACACGUAAGUCAGAUCACUCGGCGAUAUUUCUGAGUAUUUCUAAUCCUAUGGGAUUUGGUGGAGGUGGUCGCCGUGCGUUUCGCUUUGAAAUGGCUUGGUUUCUGGAUUCAGGUUGUAGAGGGGUGGUGGAGUAG